AGUAAAAGAAAACACGCCAAAUUCUGGGUUAAAUACUCGUCUCGAAAUUCCUGCCUCGCCCGUAGUUUUUCAGCAAAAAAAGGGAGAAGUCGAUGUGACUGUAAAGAUAAACUGGCCGUCCAAAACUGCUGAGCGAAAACUCCCCUCUGAACUUGAGUCACUUGGCAAGAUGCUGUUAAGGGGUACAUACAAACAAAUAGCUAAUGCGGCGUGGAAAAGCUCUGAUCUAAAAAGAGAACUUAAGCAACUAAUGGUGAAAGAAAUUGAAAAUGAGCAGCAAGUAUUAACAAGAGAAGUAAAUCAACCAAAGAUAAACCAGAUUUUGCAGCUGUAGCAAUGGCAGCUUCGAUAUGUUUAAAGAACAGGUCAAGAUAUAUGACUGCCGUUCAGCUUUUGUUGACCAUAUUUCUUUAUCAUUCUAACUGGAUGAAUACACUUGCCCGGCUAUGUCCACUGAAAAUCACAACCAGUCAUACUUAUGUAUAUAAGAAGUUGGACGAGUUUGGAAAAGAUUACAACAAGGACAUCUUACAUUCGGUGAAAGAACAAGGGGAGUUUAUGGAACAACGAGCAGCCCAAAUAAACCCAGAUGCACAUGGUCAACAGAAUAACAGGUGUUUUACUCAAGAUGUUGGAAGAAAACUUGUGUUUGACAACAUUGACUAUCACCAAGAGGUUCACCGUAUGACAGAGGACCACCAAAAUGUAGACAAGCACUGUGUAACAGUAAUGGCAAUUGAAAACCGUGUUUCAGGGAAUCACCUUGGUGAAGAGCAGCCUAAGGAUGGGAUUCUUAAACUUCAGAAUGGUAAAUGUCUCCCAUCUUGUCGUGAUAAUCAAAAGCAACGUGAUAACUAUAUUGCUCUGGUGGGACGUGUUAUUUCUACCAAUAUAAAAAGUUUGGAAUUCUUAUCAGAUGCUGCUGUUCAUCAUAUUCCCCAUAUGUACACAAAAGAAAUGUGUAUGAAAUCAGAUUUGACAUUUCUUGGUAUGUUGCAUGAUAAUGAAAAUGACUCAGACGGAAUACUAGCUAUCCUGAAGUCUCUUCAAAAGUAUGUUCCAUGUUAUGGUGAAGACAAAGAUAAGCAAUAUGCUGGACAAGGGGUCGUUGGUGACCAAUUAAGUGUUGAGCGUGGGGUGAAUGGGCUUAGCUCAGUUGCAAAUGGAUUUACGCCAGAUGAAAGAAUUGAAGGCUUGCACUUUGAGAUUGCAGAUUGGCAUGCUGGGAACAAAUUUUUGGAGGUGGCUUUCUCUCAACUAUACAAUGUUGCAUCAGCUGGCGAUAAGUGUACCAUGUUUAGCGACAGAAACCUGGUGAAUAGGCGAAAUGUAAAGCAAGAUGUGACUGCAGCAGCCAAUGCUUGUAGAAGAUUUUUUGUCAUUGAAGUGGAAGCUCGAAUCAUUGCUGCAGCUAUGCAUCUUUUAGGAAUGCAGAAGAUUGAUGAAGAGCCAAGCAAACACAAGUUUUCAACAACUGCAAGUGCAAGUUUACAAGAGAGAAAAUCCUACUUGAAUAACAUUUCAUCACUUGUCAUUGAUGAAUUUGUUAUUGAUCAAAGGCGUAACAGUGAUGUUGAAGAGUCAGUUAAUUCAAUCCAAGAAGAUCUACAAACAGAUAUCCAUGGCAGGUUCCCUUGCCGGGCUCCUGGCUGUACAAAAACAUUUGCUCAUGCUGGAAAGUUAAGAACAGACCACGAAGCUAAACACAAUCCACCUGUGUCAUUGCGAGACUCUAAUGCACACAUUCUAGAAGCAACAUCUGUUCAUGAGGAUGAUGAUAUGUUGUCAUACCAGAGAUCACUCGUGACUAUGGCAUGCUCGUGUUGA